AUGUACUAUGACAGCCCUGAAUACACGGCAGCUAUUGAAGCAGAUGGCGCCAUCCCUCUGCUCGUGGAGCGCCUUCGCAGCAGCAGCAGCGAGGACGUGCAGGAGCUUUCAGCAGCGUUGCUUGCCAGCCUGGCCUUCGGCAACCCUGACAGGAUGGCAGCCAUCGCUGCAGCUGGUGGCAUUCCUGUCCUGGUGCAGAUCCUUCGAAACAGCGACAGCGAGGCAGUGCAGGCGGCUGCAGCUUUGGCGCUCCUCAAUCUGUCCGCUAACAGCCCCAGCAACAGCACUGCCAUUGCGGAAGCAGGCGCCAUUCCUGUUCUGGUGCAGCGCCUGCGCGGCAGCAGCAGCGAGGAAGUGCAGAAGCAGACAGUUAAGGCGCUGUGCAAUCUGGCCUUCAGCAGCCCUAACAACAGGGCAAUCAUUGCAGCAGCUGACGCCAUUCCUGUCCUGGUGCAGUUCCUGCGCAGCAGUGGCAGCGAGGCAGUUCUGGCAAAAGCAGCCAGCACCCUUGCCAACCUGUGCAUUGACAGCCCCGACAUAACAACAGCCAUUUUGGAAGCAGGCGCAAUCCCUCUGCUCGUGGGCCACCUGCGCAGCAGCAGCAGUGAGGCAGUGCAGGCGGAAACAACCGGAGCGCUCCUCCAUCUGUCCGCUAACAGCACCAGCAGCAGUGUCGCGAUUGUGGCUUCUGGCGCCAUCCCUCUGCUCGUGGGGCGCCUGCGCCGCAGCAGCGAGGCUGUGCAGGAGCAUGCAGCAGCGUUGCUGGCCAAUCUGGCCUUCGGCAGCCCUGACAACAGGGCAGCCAUCGCCGCAGCUGGCGGCAUCCCAGCCCUUGUGCAGCGCCUGCGCAGCAGCAGCAGCGAGGCAAUUCAGGUAGCCGCAGCGGGAGCGCUUGCUAAUCUGUCUGCUGAGAGCCUCAGCAACAGGACUGCCAUUGUGGACGCAGGCGCCAUUCCUGUGCUUGUGGGGCACCUGCGCAGCAGCUGCAGCGAAGAAGUGCAGAAGUGUGCAGCUGGGGUGCUUGCCAAUUUGGCCUUGGGCAGCCCUGACGACAUGGCAGCCAUUGUUGCAGCCGGCGGCAUCCCAGCCCUUGUGCAGCGCCUGCGCAGCAGCAGCAGCGAGGCGGUGAACAUGCGAGCAACCUCAGCGCUCCUCAAUCUGUGCGAUGACAGCCCCAGCAACAACGCCGCCAUUGUUGCAGCUGGGGGCAUCCCUGCCUUACAGGCACUUCACAGCAGCAGCCCAUGCGACGAGGCGCGGAAGGCUGCAGCUGAUGUCCUGAGCAUCCUGUCCAAUGCCGGGCAGCCAGAGCCAUCAGCGGCCAGUUCGAGUUCAGAGGCAGGGAAUGCGGCACACCCAGCAGCAGGAGCCGCACCGACAGCAGAGGCAGCGGCAGUGGAUGCGGCAGAUGCAGCAGUGUCCGAUGCCCCUGAUGCGGCAGCAACCGCUGCCAGGGUGUGUGCAGCAGACGGUUGCGGCAACACGCACGGCCUGCGCCGCUGCAGUGGGUAA